AUGACAAGCUUUAUGUGGGAUUAAUCAUUUAAGUUAGUUCCAGACCAAAAUAUAGCUUUGGUAUUUGACUAAGCACUCAACGCAAAUGAUGAUUACUUGAGGUUGUUGAAAAUUACAGAAGGUAUAAAAUAUGUAACUUAAAAAUUACCCCAAGCAACUACAUUUUCUAGUUCAAAACUAUUGUUUUAACGUAAGCUCUAUUUCACUAAUUUGAUAGUAAUGUGUUUAUACCCCUUUUAAAAAUCCAACAUAGAAUCUUUGAUUUCUGCAUUUUUUGAGUAUUUCCAGGAUUUUCGUUUCAUAAGUUGCUUUUUUGAAGCUACAUCAGACAUUUCUAUGCUCCAAGAAACCAGUACUUAGUCCUUAAAGCAAAGAAUUACAAUGUUAUAACGGUUUAAUAAGUAUUUAUCAAUUAAAAUUCAAAGCAAACCAAAGGAUGGUCAUGAUGGAUAACAGUUCAGCUAGGCAGUUUCUUCGGAAAUAGUGACGAUUAAAUUGUUUACUGUUAAUUACUUAAAGAAAUUCUUUGAAUUGGCAAAUAAUUUGUAGUUGGACUUCCAACUUUAUUGCUUAAUGUUUAAACAUUAUAUUCAAAACACUACUAAUCAAAAAUUAUUAGAAAAAGUGAUGGAUUGCUUUUAGGACUUAAGAUUUACAAUAUUUGAUAAAUGUAGUUGGGUUAAUUAAUUUAGCGAGGAAAUUAUUAUUUGUAAUAAUAUUUGGUUUAUAGCUUUAGUUUUUAAGAACACUCCAAAGUUAUUUCCAUCUUACUCUAAAUACAAAAUAGUAGUAAUUGAAGAAGAUUCAGAUACGGAGAUUGUUAGUUAAACUUAAAUUACUGUAACUUAACAAUAAAAUAAAAGAAGGUCUUAUGUUUCAUCUGAAUAAGACCCUAGUUUAUAUAUAUAAAACUUAUGCUGUAAAUAAGACCCAGACUAACCACUACAACAUAAUUCAGUAUUUGAAGAAAUUGAGAAUAUCGACAUUUUGAUUUAAUUUGUUUUAGAUCCCACUCAAAUUUCAAUAGCCUCUCUUUGGAAUGAAAAUUUCCCAAAAUUGCCUGAUAUCAUAGACAAUGAAAAAAAUAUCUUUAAAUACAAAUCGACCAACAAUUUGAGUAAAUAUCAAGUUUUUAGAUCUUAUAGAGCCUUGUAAAUACUCACAAACAUAGAAAACUUUAAAAAUUUGUUGGGUCAAUAUUCACAAAUUUUUGCUAAAACAUUUUCCUUUAUAAAUAUCAAUUUGUAUGAUGAGACUAAAAAUAUCAAUUUGUAUCAUCUGGCUGUGAUGAUAAAAUUCUUAAUCACUCUAUAGCCUAAGUUUUGUAUUAAGUAACUUAUAGAACAAAAGAUAUUCCCUAAACUAUUAGAAUUGUCUUACAAUCCUUAAGUUAACUAACUGUUGACAGAAAUGAUCAAUUUUAAUGAAGACAUUGUUAAGUUGGGAAUUUACUAUUUAGAAUAGUUAUGGUCAUACUUACACUCAUUUCAUUUUUUGUAAUUACUUUCUAAUUAUUCAUUUGAUGCAUAACUAGUUGUAGACAUUCCCACUCCUGAUUAAACAGCUUACAAUGAAAUAUUUUAAGUAAUUAAAGCUUUAUCUAUAUUUGAUCCACAGAGAAUGUAAAAAAAGUUGCUUAAAUAAGAAACAUUAGAUAUUUAAGAAAUGAACGCAAUGCAAUCUAAAAACGAUUAUGAUAAUUUAGAAGUGUUUUAAAAUGAAAAAUAAGAAAAACUGAAAAGAGCAGAAGAUGAUUAGUUCAAAAGACAAUCAUCUAUUUCAAUCAAUCAAAGUAAUAGCAAGGUUCAUUAAGUCUAAAAAAGAAAAUCAAAUAAUUUUUAUUUACCAAAAAUAUCAUCAAAUACAUCUUGUUAAGAUUGCGAUGAUAAUAAAAUAAAUUCUGGAAACAUAAAGACAUCUCCUUUAAUGAGAAAAAGAAAUUAGAAUUCUCAACAUUAAGGCAAAAAUAAAAUGAAAACUGAAUAAGAUACUGAAUUAUAUUCAAAUGAUGGAUUUUCAAGCAGUAAACUCGUUUAAAUAUAUCCUACAACUAAAUCAGUCAUAUUUUUAUCAGAUUUUGAAAAAGAAAAAUCUUAGUUUAAUAAAAAUAGUAUAUCAGAACUUCAUUUAAAAAUGUUACUUCAUUUAUUUGAUUAAUUAAUUGUCUAUGCUGAAAAGCAAUAAGAAUUGCAGAAACGAUAACCAAAAACAUAAAUUUUUAAUGUUGAUAAAUUUGCAGAAUUAAUAAUAACUGAAAAGAAUAUCUAUUCAUUGUUUAAAGUUUUUCUAUAUUCAAUUUUGGAAAUCCCACAUAAUCCAAACUCCAUGUCUGUGGAAUGUGGACUCUUAUUACAUAAACUUUACAUAAAAGUUAAGACUAUAUAAAUAUUUGACAAUUACAAGGAGAUGUUAAAAAAUUAAUUUUAAUUAGUAAUUGAUUAUUUAGUUAAAUGCAUAGUUUAAUUAAAUUCAAUUAAAUAAAAAUUAGAUUCUUCAUCCUUUGCCUUUAAAUAAUACAUUUUGGUUUCCUUGAUGACCAAUGGAUUGCAAUUAUAUGACAGAUAAAAUUAUAUGAUCAAAAAAUCUAACAGACACCAUGCUCCAUAUUAUUAUCAUUUGGUUUUCAGAUAGUUAGGUAGAAUACAAUUUAUUGAACAGACUUUCACUAAAUUUAUUUACCAUAUUUUUUGCCAGGAGCUCCUAUGCCUUAUCUUAUCAAACAUUAUUUUUAAGUUAGGAUUAGUAAGUUCCUUAUAUAAUGCAUAUACAAAGUUUUAUUAAAAUGAAAUUAAGGACACAUCAUACGUGGAAGGCAUUUUUUUUUAUAUUCUAUUAAUAAAUUACAUUAUAAGAAAUGCAAUAAAAGUGAGAAAUUUAAGUGAUCUACAAAGUGCUCUUAUAAUAUUAGAUUCAUGGUAACAAUUAGAAUAAGCUCAACCAUUUGAAAACCCGAUGGCCCUGAGAAAUGCAGAUUAAUUAAUUAAUGUAGAAUAGCCGAAAUAAGUAGAAAAAGUAGUACCUAAAAAGAAUGAAGAGAGGAACAUGAAGUUAAUCAAAACGAAAACAUAACUAAAUCAAAAAGUCAAUUCCCUUAUGUCCUUGCAAAAAAAAAUAAGCGAACCUAAUGCUGGCCUAAAUGCGCAAACAUCAAGACCAGAAUAAUCAUAAAGAAAAUUAAUUUGA